ACCUGGUUUUUUACUGUCUCCAUAGUUGAUGGUGUGUUCACUGAUUGGAGUAACUGGACUCCAUGCUCCGCGACUUGCAUGGGAAUUUCAUGGAGGAGUCGCAAGUGUAUUGGUCCUUUUUAUGGUGGACAGAACUGCCUGGGCUCGUUGAAUGAGACAGUACCAUGUAACUCACAGGAUUGUGCUGGUAAGUCAGACAGAACUGCCUGGGCUCGUUGAAUGAGACUGUACCAAGUAACUCACAGGAAUGUGCUGGUAAGUCAGACAGAACUGCCUUGGCUCGUUGAAUGAGACAGUACCACGUAACUCACAGGAAUGUGCUGGUAAGUUAGAAAAAAAAAACACCAUUCAAUAACAAUCCCAGAAAUUAUGCUGGUAUGUCAGACACACUUUCAAUAAACAACACAGAAGGAUUGUCCUAGCAGAUCUGGUUCGUGUUGAUGUACGUAGAGUUUCUUUCAGAUGGGAAAUGUAUGAAAUAAGAACACAAUAUAAGCGUUGAAUUUCAGGAUGAAGACACUGGAACCAUCAUUUCCAAAGAAGCUGCACACUUUCUUCAGUUGAUUGUACACACAAGAUAUGGAGAUGCAGCGGUUGAGUGUUUUUAGCCGUUUAAACAAAAAAUUAAAAUUUUAAAAGGUAUUUGCAUUAAAUGAUCAUCAACAACAACAACAAAAAAAAAUACUAAAUAUAAAUUAACAGAUGCUAAUCUGAGUUUGGCGUGAUCGAUUUCUUUUUUCCAGUUGACGGUGUGUGGGACCCAUGGUCAGAGUGGAUGACCUGUGCCUCGACGUGUGGGAAUGGUGUACAGACCAGGAGCAGAUAUUGUAUUCCUCCUCAUCAUGGCGGCAAAAGCUGUGAGGGCGACGGGGAAGAGAGACGCCCCUGUAAAUCUCAGGAGUGUCCCGGUCAGUCACAUCACUUUAAAACCUAG